GGUUGUGGGGUAAGGUGAAUGUGGCAGGUGCUGGACCUGUGCCAGGGUAAGAGUGGCCAGGCACCGGCACACCUAGUGCCAGCAGUCGAGGGGAGGACUCCUGUAGAGUGGGUGGGUACAUCUAUCACAAGCUGGUGCUCUUCAGCAGAAGAUUCUGUUGGCACUGAAGGGGUGCUGCUGCAGCAGGUGAAGGCAGGGAAGGUGGAGGUACCUUGCACUUUGUUGAUAAUACUUGGCACAAUCAGGUAGCCCCAUCCAUCAUCAAUGGGGGACUCCAAGAAACAGAUAGUACUGGAAUUUCAGCAGCUGCAGGAACAUCUUCAAUCACUAACUGCUGAUAGAGAUCUCUUAAAGAUGGAAUUUGAGAGGCUUGCAAACAGCAGCCAUCGCCUUCUACAGCAGAUAAAAGAGGACAGUUCACAUGCGAGUGAGAGAAAACUCCACAAUUUUGAGGCAGAGAAGCGUAGGCUGGAGGAAAGAUUGGAAGCGUUGGAACAUGAUAUCAAGGAGAAAGACAGGAAGAUUGCACUUUUAGAUGCAAAGGCUGGUGAUUAUUUAAAGCAAGUUAACCAACCUAGUAAUAGCCAGUUUGAGGAUCAAAAGUCAAGUGAUAAUAUUGUUUGUAGUGAUGUUACUAGUGCAGUUAGUGUUGGGGAAGUGAAAGAGGUUGGGUAUAGUGCUGGAGUUGGAGGCAAAGAGAAAAUAAAGUGCAGUGAUGAUAAUCUCAGGGAACUGAUUGAUGAUGUGGCUAGUAUGGAGGAAGUCAAAAGGGACAUUGAAGUUGAUAUCAAAUCAAAUAAUGUCUCACCUGGGGAGGAACUUUCCUGUGAGAAAGUAACAGAUGAUACAAAGGUGUCAGAGAAGCUAGGUGAACAAAGUAAUAUUGCUAGUCGAACCGGUAAUGGUGAGAUGAGUAAUGAUGAAGAAAGUGAUGAGGAAAAUCUUGAAAAUAAUGAAAUGAUUAGAGCUUUGGUGGAUGAGGCAAUGAAAGAACUGAAGGAGGAGGAUAUGAAAGCCAGUUUAGCAAAGAAUGAGAAUGGAAGUGCUAUUGACGGGUCCAAAGAAGAUGUAGAAGAGAAGAAAUCAUGCGAUGGAAAUGGUGAGCAGGAGCUUGUACCAGAUUUGAAGAUACAGGUAAUUGUCAAGGAAAGAAAUUCAUCAUUUCAAGAAGGCCCCAUUAGUGGAUUAGGAACGUAUGUAAGUCAUGAAGGGAAGAUAUUUGGAGACACCAUGCAAUCAGCAUUCACAGACUGUGAGCAAGAAUCAAAGGAAACUACCAAUGAACUUCAUGGUGUUAUGUCUUCACUUCCUAGGGAUACUCCUAAAGAGACACCUGAUGACAGUAUUUCUAGUAAACAGACAAAUGGUAAUGGAUCACCUGUCCGUGAUCAAAUAUCUUCUUUGUCAGUGCUUGUUUCUGAACUGCGGCGUGUGAAGGAUGACAUGGGGAAGUGCAUGUCUGUCAAAGAGCAGUCUUUCAUUGAAUUGGAAGAUCAACUUCAAGCUGCUAAUAAAGAAGUAAAUAAUCUAAAGGCAUCCAUGUCAUUACUAUCUAAAGAUCUUGAGGAAAAGAAUCAGAGUUAUCAGUAUUUAGAAGAAGAAAAUAAGAAAAAGAAAAUGGAUAUAGAACUAAAGAUGAGCGAGAUUCAGGAGGUCACAAAUAAGUGCUCUAUGUUGACUGAAGAAAAAGCAGAUAUUUUACGCAAAAUGGAAGUACUGGAAAUAAUGAUGACAGAAUACCGCACUGAGAUUGAAAUGUUAAUUGCUGAGAAAGCAAAGAUGGAAGAGAAGACAAAGGAGUUAAUAUCUGCAAAAGUGGCAACAUCUACAGCAGAAGCAGAGAUAGAUUCAAGAACUAGCUUAGAAGAAAAAGAAAAAGAGGUAGAAGAAUUAACUGGAAAGAUUCAAGAUAUGGAAAAGCAAAUGAAAGAACUGAAUGACAAAUUGAAAGUCACAAAUAAACAUCUUAAAGUGAUGGCAAGAGAACGUGAACACAAACAGAAAGAGUGUGAAGCCUUGAGACGCAAAGUUGAAACAGUUGAACUCAAAAUGUGUGAACUUCAAGGAACAUUUGACAUGCUUGUGAAAGCUGUCAUGGUAGAAAGAGAUGAUCUGAUCAGGGACUUAGAAGAAAAGACAGGGGAAAUAGACGAACUUCACAAGACUCUUGGUCAGCUUAAAGAAACUCAUGAACAGGAACUGGACAAGGUGAUGAUAGAGAAAAAGUCAAUUGAUGAAGAGCUCCGUAAAUUUAAAUCAGGGGAUCUGAGGCCUGAUGGAGCAAAGUUUGUAGAUAAGGAGGAGUUGAAUGCUGUUAUCCGUGAAAAAGAAAAACUUGAAAUUGAAGUCCGGCAUAGAACAAAGCAAAUACAGUCACUUGAGUCAAAAGUGAAAACAAUACAAAAAGAAAUGGAUGACUUUGUUGGAUCCUUGAAGGAAGAAAUGGCUCGCCUUAAAGAGGAGAGUGCAAAGUCAAAAGAAGAAAAGAAAAACUUAGAAGAUAUCUUUGCUUCACUGCAAUCUGAACACAAAAUCUUACAAGAAAAGAAUAAAGAGACACAAAAAAUACUCACUCAACUUGAGGCUGCUAACAGAGAAAAGGCAGAGAACUUUGAAGCUCAUAAACAACAGCUCCAUGAUUUACAGCAACAACUUGAGGAUCUGAACACAAAAAAUUUCAAUUUAAACACAGAUAUGUACAAUAAGGAAAAGGAAUUCAGAGAUGAGUUAACAGCCCGUGAAAGGACCAUACAGGAAUUAAACUUGACUCUUACUAACAAUCAGAAGCAGUCCAUGGAAAAUUAUGUUGCACUGCAAGAAGAGAUGAGUACUUUGGAAACUAGGCUGAAGACAUCUCUGGAAGAAAGUAAUAGGCAAGCAAAGGAUCUUGAGGAAAAGCUAAAAGUUUCUCAAGAGGAAAAGAAAAUGGAGGUUUUGGAACUUCAGGCAAAGCUGAGAACUCUGAUGGAUGAAAUAAGAGAAGCAAAAUCUGAUUCUCUCUCUCUUUCUCAGGAAGCAGAAGUGCCAUCAUCUUCUCUGGCUUUUGUACCUUCCCUGCCUCUGGACUCCAGUGACUCAACAUCUGUGUUCCAUUCUGUGGUCACAGAGACAGAUCAUAGAGCAAUUGAUUAUCAUGUUAAACAGCAGCUAGAGGCUCUGAGAAAAAGAGUUAAAGAUUUGGAAGAAGAGUUGGAAGGGAUGCGCAAAGAUCUAGAGGUCAAAGAAGAUGAAAUAAAAAAUCACAAGGAGGCAGAUGUUCCUCGUUUACAAGGAAAAAUAAAAGAGCUGACUACAGAAGUAGAAACCCUCAGGGGCAAGCCCUCAGAAAGUGAAACAUUCAAAGACCAUGCUGAGUUUGAAGCAGUCAUUGCUGCCAAGGAAGAGAGGAUACAGCAGCUUGAUUCCAAAGUCAGUGAUUUGGAAAUGUGCUUACACAACAAAAGUGGAUAUAUUUCCCAGCUGGAAGGACGUCUAGGCAGUUCCCCAGAAGUGAAAAAUGAUGUAGAAUCCCAUCUGGAACAAAUAAACAAACUAAGCACUGAUAUUACUAAGCUCAAAGAUGAGCUGGAAAAGACAAAUGAAGAGUGUAAAACUUUGAAGAGUACAGUUGAUCAGCUCGAGAUGGACAAACGCAGGUUUGAAGAAGAAAAGACAAAGAUCAUUGCAGAAUAUGAGGCUAAGUUGCAUGAGGCAAAUGAAAAGAUAAUGGAAAUAAAUGCUGAACUAGAACAAAAAAAAAACUUGGCUGAAAGAUUAGAAUUGGAACUUAGCAGUAGUGAGAGUAGUCAUGUAGAUGAGGUUGCCAGGUUAGAGAGCAGCCACGUAGGUAGAAUAGCAGAUGUAGUUAAGCUUCAUAAACGUAAGAUAGAACAGCUGAAGAAGAAUAAUGCGGAGAAGGUCAGUGAUCUCCAUGACCACAUUGAUGAACUUUACAAAGAGAAAAAAUCAUUGGAAGAACGUCUAAACAUAAUAAAACUGGACCUUGAUGAGAAGUUUUCUAAGUCAGAGAGAGAUCUGAUUAAGGAAAAGCAAGAUCUUUUUUCCAGAAUUGAGAAUUUAGAGAAAAAAGUAAAUUGUUUGGAAAAGGAGAAACUGCAGAUAGAGAAAGAAAAGGCAGAACUGAAACAAAAGUUUGAGGAUGAGCAAGAAGAGGCAUCUAACAUGCAAACCCAAAUGGUCACAGACCUUGAGAAGCUGAUUCUUAAUUUGGAAUCAGAGAAAAGGCAUUUGGAAAAAGAAGUUCUCCAGUUAAAAUCAUCAGGUGAUUUAAAUGUAGGUCUUUUAGAGGACAGUGAGAAAAAGAUUGCCCUUCUUGAAGAUGAAAUUGUUAUCACCAAUAAAGAAAAAGAAAUUCUAAUGGAUGAAAUUAAAAAGUUAAAAGAAAUAAUUGGUGAAGAAACCAUUUCAAGAAUCAGGGAAGAGAAUGAGAAGUCUAAAAUUCUAGAAGAAAUGGCUGAAAAGGUGAAGAAGCUUCAGUCCAAGCUUGAAGAAUCUCAGAUAUCCAUAGAAGAACAGGAGCAGAUCUAUGCGCACAAGCUAAUGGAGGAAAAAUCUGACCAUAUGAUGCAGCUCAAGGCCCUAAGAACUGAGCUAUCUGAAGAAGUGAAUGAAAUUGAUCUGAGGAAAGAACAAGUGUCCCUUGAAUAUGAGGACAAAAUUGCUUUGAUAAUAACAGAGUAUGAAGACCGCCUUACUGCUACAAGAGAGCAGUUUGAGGCCAGGAUACUUGAGGAAAAGGCAGAGUUUGGCCGUGUUCUUGUAAGCAAGAUUGAUGAGUAUGAAGGAAAGUUAGGUUCACAGGUAGAGGACUUAAAGGCAUUUGAAAGUCAGAUUGAAGUCCUUCAGAAUGAAUUGGAUGAAAAGAUUAAUAUCAUAGAGGAACUGGAACAUAAUCUGGAUGAAGUUACACUCAUGAAGGCUGCUCUUAGGGCACAAGUUGAUGACUUGAAACACACCAUUACUAAAAUGACUGAAAAUGGGGAAGAUUCAUAUGUAGAUGUUCUUCAUUCCAAGUAUGAAACAAGACUUGCAGAAGUGCAAGAACAUUAUGAAGGUCAGCUGUCAUAUCUCCGAUCAUUUAUCUCUACAACAGACAUAGAUGUUCAGAGAGCAGGAUGCAGUUCACCUUCACAAGGGUCAGAGUAUUCUAUUGAGCUUUCAUGUCUCCGUCCUUAUUUGCAGGGCCAAUCAUCCCCCAUUGCUGAGUUCAUGGCAGAACUCAAGUCUCAGUCAAUGCUUGGGAGUGAUAAUGAAGUUCAUACCUCAAACCAUAGCUUCCAUUUAAUGCGAUCUGCCUCCAUUGCUAAAAAUAAGGAAGAUACACGUUCUCAGUCUUCAGUUGAUGGAAAAGUUGGCCUUAGCUUUAAUGGACUAAGUGCCCACUUGAUGGCCAAAUCAUUAUCCAAAACAAAUAAUAAAUGUCAUUCAAAUGGAUCUAUUGCACAGAUAUUAUCAAAAUCAUUAUCAAGGUCAGAACAGUUAAGGCUGUCAGCCUUAGAUGGAAAAGUUGAACCCCAGACAAUGGGUUCAAAAUCCCAUAUGCUCUCAGUUUCAGCCACAGGAUUGGAAGACCUGAAACAGAGCAAUUCAGGAGUCACAUGUGAGUCAAAGCCAGAUUCUUGUACCUCUGACCAGCCAACUAGCAGGGUUAAUCACGACCCCAGAGACACAAGUCUGAACCCAGACAGUUCAGGUGUGUCUCCAACUGGGGCUAAACCUCGACCUCCCCGCCGUGGUGCCUCCAAGCCAAAGUCCUCCCCUGCUGCAGUACCAACAUCAACAGUCAGUGUUGAUGAGUCCAGUACAGCUGCCACUGCCACCUCCAGCACCAAUCUGCCCUCUGACUCAGACCCCAGCAACACAACUCUUGACAAGUAUCGUAUCAAAGUGGAGAUGUCUGCGUGUUGCGUAGUUCAGCAGCUGACAAUUAUGAGAUUUUGUACCACUGAGGCUAGGAAGCCAUGUGUACAAGCCAUGUCCUCGAGUGAAAGGAUUACGGUUAUUGAAGCGACUAUGGAAGAAACUACUUCGAAACUUGCGGCGUCAGAAGCUAAGUGUGCGGAGCUGGAGGAAAGGCUCCAGCAGACAACGGCCUCCUGUGAGACCCUCACGCAGAAAAUAGACGAGCUCACUGCCGAAAAUGACACCCUUACCCAACGCGUGGAAGACUUGGAGAAAGAGAAGGAGGGCACAGCCAAAACUAUAGCUAUGUUGGAAUUUAACAAUGAGCAUAACAAAGACAAGGUCCGAAAUAUGGAACUUUCCAACAAUGACCUGAAGGAAACUAUAGAAACCCUCAUGAAAGAGAAAGAUGAGCUUAACAGGCAGCUAAGAGAAGAUUCCUCUGGAGUGAUAGACCAAUAUAUUAAAGAGAAAGAUGAAUUAGAGGAGAGAUUAACAAAGGAAAAGGAAGAACAACUGGAGAAGUAUGUUAAAGAGGACAAAGCUCUUAGAGAGCAGCUGGAAGGCCUCAUGGAGAUUAGACUUAGUUAUGAGAAACAGAUUAAGCAAAUAGAGGAGAACAAUGCAGCAAUGCACAGAAAGAUAGGUGGAGUACAGACAGAGAGGGAUGCUGCCCUUAAAGAGGCUGCCCACACCAAAUCCCAAAAAGUUGAUCUGGAGAAGAAAUUUGAUGAUCUCACUAAGGUUAAGAGCACCAUGGAAGAAGAAAUUGUUACACUUAAGGGGACCAUUUCCAACCUGGAAGAGAAAUUGUCAUUGCAAGAAAACCAGGUGCAGACUCUUAAUGAGACCAUCAACACACUGAACAACAACAUCCUCAACCUUCAGAAGCAAGUGGAAGGACUCAACGAAACGAAUGGCAAACUUGCUCGGGAUCUGGAGUCCGAGAGCAGGACACGAAUCGAAACCCAGGACCAGCUGACCAAGACGGCCACGGCAAACAGGCAACUUGAAGAAACAGCUAAGGUUGACAAAGAAUCACUAGGCAAGUUAGAAGCUGAAAGGAAGGAGCUUCAGUCUAGAGUUGAAGCCUUAACAGACCAUAGCAAAAUGCCAGGGAAAUUUAGUGAAUUGCAGUCACGUAUAGCUGAACUAGAAUCAGAAAAUAAGACACUCUUGGAGAAAUUGGAUAAUGCCAAAACAGUCAGUAGUGCCUCUCAAGAAGAAAGUGUAACUAACAGUGUUAUGGAAAAUAAUAAAGUUGACCAUUCAAAAGAACUGCAAAGUUUAAAAUCAUCUUUGCAAGCCAAAGAAGAAGAAUUAGCAAAGGUCAGACAAAACUUGAGAGAAGUGAAGGAAAAGUUGACGCUAGCUGAGGUUGUGAGCGGAGAGGUUGAAGAGCAGAGGCAAAGAGUGCGAGAGGUAGAGUCCAAGAUGGCUGUGAUGGAGGAGCAGCACCGGCAGCAAAUCAAAACGAUAGCUCUUGAGGCGGAGAGACAGGUUGCUGUCAAGGAGCAAGAGUGUCAACAAACAAUUACUUCUGCAUAUGACCAACAAGACAAUGAAACAAAUUCCCUUGUUCGUCAGCAUCGCGAAGCCAUACGAGAAGCUCAGGAAGAGGCCCGGGAGAAGGCAUCGGCCCUUGACUCUGUGGUCCACGAGUACCAAGGCAAACUCAAGGAGAAAGAUGAGGAACUGUGCAAGUUUGUUCAACAGUAUGAGGAUCAGCUUGCAGACCUCACCACUCAGCAUGAGGCUCACAUCAAAGAGGUUGAAGCGACCUGGAAGUCUAGAGCUGAGAAAAUGGUUAGGCAGCGUGAGAUGCAGCUACAGGAGGAAAUGGAUGGAUUGUCGCAGGAGUGGAACAAGGAACGCAGAAGUCCUGCACCUGAACCUACAGAAGACAGCCAGGAACUUGAAAGACUAACCCAAGUGGCUGCAGCAGCCUUUAGAAGUGGCACUGAUUCUGUUGAACUUCUCAAGAAGCAAGUGGCUGCUCAACGGAAAGAACUUGAGGAAGUCAAGCUGAACCAUGGCAAAGAGAUUGGGGAGCUUAAGGCACUAUUGGAGCUUAAAAGAAGAACGAGAGGAGGAGGAGGUGGAAGUGGAGGAGGAGGUGGAGGGGUCAGACUUGGAGUAGCUCUUGAGGAAGCAGCAGAGUUCGAGUACCUUAAGAAUAUCUUGUACCAGUAUAUGCUUGGAAAGGAAACUCGGACACUGAGUAAAGUAUUGUGUGCAGUUGUGAAGUUUGAUACCAAUCAGCAGCAAGAAAUUAUAGAUUAUGAAGAGCAAAAGCAAAGCCUGGAGAGAGAGGCUAUGAAUGGCACUGUCCCUAGGGAUCUUCUAGAAGCAGAAAGACCAGACCCCACAAAGACCCUGUGAUGCACCAGCUCCAGGGUUGGUCACAAGGUCUCGGACUCUACUGAACAACUGAACACACAAAAGGCCCCGUACGGAGAGAGGGGUCAACCAAGUUAAUGUUUGGGAGCGGUAAAUGACUGACAUAAUUGCUAUGGCUUUUUGUAGCUGUGACAAUGAAAACACAAUUUGGUUUCUUUAUAUUUCACUUCUUUACUUACAGAAGAGAGAGAGAGAGAGAGAGAGAGAGAGAGAGAGAGAGAGAGAGAGAGAGAGAGAGAGAGAGAGAGAGAGAGAGAGAGAGAGAGAGAGAGAGAGAGAGAAGAAAAAAAGAAAGAAAGAAAGAAAGAAAGAAAGAAAGAAAGAAAGAAAGAAAGAAAGAAAGAAAGAAAGAAAGAAAGAAAGAAAGAAAGAAAGAAAGAAAGAAAGAAAGAAAAGAAAAGAAAAGAAAAGAGAUUAGGUGCUGUAUUGUUUUUAUGGAUUGCCAAAAACUUAAAUGAUAUGUACUGGUUUAUAGGCCAAUAUCAUGCAUGAUUUAUGACACAUUUUUAAUGUCAUUCACUUGGAUCAGAAUGUAUAAUUAGAAUUUUGAAAACAUUAUGGUGCUUCACUGUAAUUUAAGAGGCACCACAGUAGUAAUGAAUUUUUUACACUAGCCACACAGUUUAAUCUUAUGAGAAAAAAUGGUAUUUAAAGUGUCAGUUAUUCCAGAUAUGAAUAUAUAUUGGUUGUGUUUGAUAUGCAACUGUAAUCUAGUCGCGUGAUAAAAGUUAUAAAAAGUUUAUUUUGAAAUUGGGUAAUAAAGACGUAGCCUCUUGUCUAUGUAUUCAAGAAAUAUCUAAAUGAUAGAUAAUUUCCCCCUUUUUUUCUUUUUUUAUACCCUUAUGCCAGUCUUGCUGGUAUUCAUUUAUAUCCAAUCAUGGAUUAUGUAUAAAGAGUCAAGAGCCCAUAUACAAGAAUGUAAUAGUCAUUAUAUAUAUUUUCCUUGAGGGGAUAUAUUCCUGAGUAAUUUUAGUCAAAGGAAUUACCGCCUGAAGAAUCAACAAUGCUUCAUAUUGGUAAUGUCUGUAUUGUAAAUGGAAUGGAGUUGGGACUUCCCCAAGAGAUAUUUGGAAAAAAACACACAUUUUGUCAGGUUUUAUUGAUUUAGAUAAACUAUGCCUUUUGGUUAUUCUUUCUAGUAGCACAAAUUAGUGAUACAAUGCACAUAUUGUUCUUUCAACUCCAGGGAAAGAUCAUGACACAGUUUUGCUUUUGAUAAAUCCACGCAUUAUUGUUAAUUUUUUUUGUGAAUAAACUAUUGUUGAAAUAAUUAUGUUGGUGUACAUUAUAUUUUAUGUAAUUUAUUUGAUGAUAGUAGUUCUGUAGUUUUUGUGGCAGUUGUGCAGUCCUUCUGUUAAAUGUGGCGCAUAUCUGUCUUUGUCUUGGGCAGGUGAAAUCUCACAGUGAAAGUGCAAUAGACUACCCUGAAGUUACCUACACUGUGAGGUUGACCUUGGCCAGUAUCAUACCUGCUGUACAGGUGUUCAUUAGAUGAUUGAAGAAGUGUGCCAAAUUUGAAAAUUAAUUUAUUGCAGUACUGUAUGUGGGUGACUCAUCUAGGGAUCAAUUCUCUUAAGUGAGCUCUAAGAAGGCUUAUUUCUCUGUAACAUUUUUUCUUAGAAACAAAGUUUUGAAAUCACAAUAAAACCCUUGUAUUGACAUAGGUGAUUUUUUAGUUGUUUUCCACAUCAGUUGUAGGACUUCAGAUUGUCCUUAAAGUUUACUUGUCUCAGAUGUCUUCUUUUUGUCAGAGAUACCAAAAUGCACUAGAACUUAUACUGGGAAUAUGAGAACUGACAUCUGCUUUGAGAACAGAUGAAGAUGUCAGAUGAAAUAACCUUGUUUAGAGAAACCUCAUUUAAUCCACUUGAAAUCUUUAAAAUCCUGUAGAGAUUUUCUGGUAUUAAUUAAGGGCAUGAUAAAGUCACAGUAGUGUGUGUGAAAGAUAUUCUAUUUUAUCAGAUUUAUUUAAUUUGCAGUUUAUGUUAUGGACAUACAAGUUGAUUUUGAGAUAAGCAAGGCUAUCAGUAACACAUCUGUACAAAGUCUGCAUAUAAAAAGGUUGGAUGCCCACGCCUUUUGGGCAAAGAACACAUGCUUGAGCCUUAAAACCAUCCCUGUCCAAUAAAGCACUAGAACACCCUGUUGUACAAUCCUAUAUAGGCUCCCUUAUGUCGUUCUCUUGCAGAUUCCUCCUUUAUAUAUAGACCCCUCCCACCUGUGCUGGAAUGUAAGGGUGAAGUGAUUAAUAUGUAAUGUUUAAAACUAGUUGCUCUUGCAGUAACUGUUUUGUUAUUGAAGAUUCAUUGUGUGUCUGUGUAUGCUGUAUUUUAAAGAAAAGAAAAAAAUAUAGAUAAAGGUUGGC